AUGUACGGAGCAGAGACCUGGACGGUGUACACGAGGCAGGCACGCCGUCUUAACCACUUCCACCUCAGCUGUCUUCGUCGCAUUCUGCGGCUGAACUGGCAGGAUCGCAUCCCCGACACUGAUGUGCUGGAACGAACGGGAAUGCUCAGCAUCUACUCCAUGUUGAGACAAAUGCAGCUGCGCUGGAGCGGCCACCUGGUGCGCAUGGACGACGAGCGGCUACCCAAACGACUCUUCUACGGAGACGUCGCGACGGGUUCUCGUCGUCAAGGAGGCCCAAUUCGUCGAUACAAGGAUACCCUGAAGUCCUCCCUGAAGCUACUGCAAAUCAACCCGACCAACUGGGAAGAGCUCGCCUACGAUCGUCCGGCAUGGAGGAGAACAGUGAAGACGGGCGCUGCUAUCCACGAAGCCAACCGCAUCGCCGCCGCCAAAGCGAAACGUGAAGCCCGCAAAUCACAACUGCGCCCAGUCAGCAACGCUGUCGCACAACUGCUUCCAACGUGUCCUCGAUGGAAGCGGACAUUCCGGGCUCGAAUCGGCCUUGUUGGACAUCUUCGGAUCAACUGUACCCCUCGAACUGCACCAAACUUCCUCCCCCCGCCCGCGUCAUCCUCGUCCUCUCUGCCGCCGAAUAACUCUGUGAAUUCUUCUGCACCACCACUUCCAUCCUCCUCCUCCUCCUCCACCACCACCACCACCACCACCAUCACCACUGCCCCAACGGCGGCCGCUCAGGCAGCCGUCUCGCACAUCUCCGACCGCGACACAACAACCGGCACCACCCCCGCCUCUCCUGACUCCAGCAAUGAGAAUCAGGACUACACCUGUCCUCACUGCAACCGCACCUUCACCUCACACAUCGGCCUGGUCGGUCACUUGCGAAUCCAUCGCACAGAGACCGGCGAACCAGUGCCUGAAGCACCAACCUACACCCACCGCACUCGCUUCCACUGCCCACACUGCCCUCGCACCUUCACGCAUCGCAUGGGUCUAUUCGGCCACAUGCGCAUCCACGAGAGCGGAAUCGACCACAAUUCCGACACAUCAACCACGCCCAUUAUGCCCAGCACCACCCUCGCACCGUCCUUCUGCGCCACUACCAGCGCCUCCUCUGUAGCUGAUUCUGACACCGCCGACUUCAAGUGCCCACACUCUCCACGCACACUCACCUCACGCAUCGGCCUGGUCGGUCACUUGCGAAUCCAUCGCACAGAGACCGGAGAACCAGUGCCUGGAGCACCAACCUACACCCACCAAGCUCGUCUCAACUGUCCACACUGUCCUCGCACUUUCACACACCGCAUGGGCCUGUUCGGCCACAUGCGCAUCCACGACGACCUGCGGUAG